ACAAUAUUGAUGUAAAAUAUUAGUCCAGGUAGUACAUGGAUAGGAUGUGAGUGAUAAUUUCCUGAAAUCAUUAAGAUGCUCCAGAAAUCAUUAAAAUGCUUCUAAGCAUUGUGAAAUAUGAACUUGAACUCUUCCUGAAUACUCUUCUCUUUUAAAUUUUCAAAUUUUAAAGCCUAUUUUGCCCCACUCUCCAGUAUGAAACAUGUGUCCUAAUAACAAAAGUUUUGGGUAUAAACAAUUUUCUCAGCAUGUGUUGGGGCAACUUCAUCUCCACAUCAAGUGACCUCCGUAACCUUGAGCCACGCCAUGUGAAAACCAACAUAGUGGCUUUGUGACCAGCAGGGAUCCAGACCAGCCUCGGGGCAUCCAUGCCGUAUGGUCAGGAUACACGCUGUUCGCUAACGGUUUCUCUAAUUGCAAUAGACUAUGAAAGCAAACAGCAUAGAUCCUGACCAGACUGCGCAACUGUGCAGGUUGAUCUGGAUCCAUACUGGUUGCAAAGCCACUAUGUUAGUUUUCUCAUGGUGGGCUCAAAUGUUAAUGGAUAUUAGAGUACUGUUUAAGCCAGUGCAAGGGGGUGAGUGGGGUUGCAUAUUACAUUACCAAUCAGUCAAACCAAAUCUGUUUCCAUCCAGGUAUGAAGUUUGACAUCUAGACUUAGCAUUUGGCUACCUUUUACAUGUAAGUGUUUGAUGCCCAAGGUAUGUCUGUAUUUUGAUUCUUUACAUGGCCUUUUGUACGGUUUCCAGGGUCUCAACUUUUUUAGAAUCUGCAUAACUAUUUUGAGAAAUCUUUUGUCUUUGAACUUAACAUUCUGAUACAAUGUACUUUGGUGAUAUGUGAGGUCUUUUGAUGAUUUCAGUUUGAUCAAUAUGCAAAACUGUCUGGAAAAUAUGCAAAACUGUCUGGAAAAUAAGAUGUUUUCUGAUGAUAACAACAUGUGCUCACUAACAGUAAGUAUAUAUUACAGGUGAGAACUAGCCCUGGCUAUCUUUCACUACUUUGGAUUUUGCUGUUGAUCAAAUACAAGACAUAUCUCAUUGUCAUCAUGGCAGGAGGAAAUAUCAUACUGAAAGGGGUACUCCUUUUAGUUGUAGUUGCUGUGGUAAAAGCAAAACCAUGGUGGGCGAAACAGAAAAGCAACUGUAAAAAAAAUUUUCCUGAUGAAUGCCCACCUGGUAUGGUCUGCCUUCCAGCAGGAAAUUCGAACAACCCUAAAAGCCAGUUCAAAUGCAAACCCUGCGAUUGUGCUAUCUUGACUCAAUGUCAUUUGGUUAGUCAGCCAGGACCAGAUCAACUUGUAUGUAACUGUACAGGCUCUGGAUUCACUGGUGAAACAUGCCAUGAAGACAUUGAUGAGUGUGCAACAAACACAGACAAUUGUGAUACAAAUGCAGCGUGCACAAACACAAAUGGAAGUUUCACGUGCACGUGUAACCAAGGAUGGACUGGCAAUGGAGUUACGUGUACAGACAAUGACGAGUGUGCAACAAACACAGACAAUUGUGAUACGAAUGCAGCGUGCACAAACACAGAUGGAAGUUUCACGUGCAUGUGUAACCAAGGUUGGACUGGCAAUGGAGUUAUAUGCACAGACGUUGACGAGUGUGCAGCUGAAACAGACAAUUGUAGUCCAAAUGCAGAAUGCACAAACACUGAUGGAAGUUUCACCUGCAUGUGUAACUCGGGUUGGACUGGCAAUGGAGUUACAUGCGAGUGUAUUGAUUCAAACAGUUGUAUUGCGAAUGCAGCAUGCGUAAACACUACUGGCAAUUUCCAGUGCUUGUGUAACGACGGUUGGUUUCACACUGGAUAUCUAGAUUUAUGCGAGUGUGAGAGUUCAGCCAGUUGUGAUGAGAAUGCAGCAUGCAUAGACACUCCUGCCAAUUUUCAGUGUGUGUGUAAUGACGGUUGGAUUGGCGAUGGAGUUAAUUGCACAGAGGAAUGAAGUCCUAGUCAAUGGCAGUCCAGGUUUGCCUGCACCAGUUUCAGUACCUGGAUACUGCUGUGGAACCUCCAAAGAGGACCCAUUGAAGAUGACAUCUAGAAUCACAAUGCAUUUAUAUAUCAAUUCAUGUUUAAUUGGUAGAUUUAUACAUUAAAAUUAUAAUAAAAUUUCACUUAUAAAUGUGAGUCAGCGGCACAGUGGUUAGCAGGUUGACUUCAACGCCAGUGGUCUGGGUUCAAUUCCCAGUCGCGGCUGAUAUCCAGACUAGUGUUCAGUGCUGGGUGAUUUACUUAAAUUGGUACUGUUUCCAGCAGUAUCGGCCUAGACUGGAUGCUGGGGAGGUAAAGAUGAUGCCUACCAUGGGCUCAGCUGGAAAUAAGUUGUCCCAUCCAUUCCAGGUGGGGAUUUCAUCGACUACCCACGUCAAACAAGAAACCUUUUACCUUUUUAUUAAAGGAGCAGACCUGCAGAUGAAGAUAAGACUUUCAGAAAGCAGUGACAUUAUCAAAGUUCAAAAGUUCUUUAUUUUUUCUAGCAAUGGCCUGUACACAAUCUGUAUUCUCGAAAUAGAAAUCUUUAUGUGUAAGUUUGUAUAUGAAUCCAUUGUCCUUCUUUCAUGACCAAGAAAAAAAAAAUCUCUUUUUCAUAUGAAUGUUAGAAAGGUAUUGUGUGUUUAUACAUGUCUUAAUAUAGUAAAUAUAACAGAUAACUGGCUAAUAAUUAAUUAAUUAAUUCUUCUAUAGAUUUCAAUGUGUUAAGUGUAAUUAAUAGAUAAGCUCUCUUUUAAACAUUCAUUUGCUAAGAAAUUCACAAACACAGUUCUGAAUUACUACUUAUUAGGCGUAAA